GCAGCGGCUGAGUACUUUCCAGACAGCGAAAGAAUCAACCGGCGGUGGAAAUCCCCGCUUGCGCUAGCCCCCGUCUCCCCCAAAGCUCACGCCGCCGCCGUUGCCUCAGCUCAUGUCACCCAUCCCACCAAUGUCGCAGCAUCCUUUACCACGCAGAUUGGCGACGCCCAAUCUGCCCUCUCCGCCUUCUCCCUCCCAGCCGGUUUCUCUGAUACUCGGCUGCGACGCACGAUGGGGAGGAGGGAAGAGGAGGCGGCAUCUCUGUCCAGUUUAUCUAUUUCCUCUGUGAUGAUCUCUAAUGUCUUUCUCCCUGAAUUUAUUUUACGAGUAUUUAUUCACCCACCACAUUUAUCCAUAAAAAGGAAACUGGGAAACAAUAGUUCAAGACAUAAGAAAGAUAGAUGCCCGCUAAUUUUAGCGCUCGACGAUUCCUCCCCACCUCUUAUUUUUAAUCUGCUUGACUGUAACAAGCAUCUUUUAGGUGUUUUUUUCCUUCUUAUUUCUUUUGGAUUUUUCUCUACUUUCUUUUUUGUUAAAUUAGCGGAGAAGUGAUCUUCAUAGGAAUACACCAUAGAGGCAAUCUCGUUUUGAAUCCGAAUUCAGUUAUCAUAGUUAUUCCCACCUUCCUCUCCUCCAUUUCAGGAUUAGAAUGGAGAGAGGGGAAGGUGGGGCAGAUUGCUCAAUCUAUCGCGCCAUUGUAUUUUCUUGAAAGGAAAAGGAGAGCGGGAAUUUGAGGUAUUCAUCAUAAUCUUUAUGCGCUCCCCUGAAAUGUCAUUUUUUUGUUACUAGCUGAUCACUAUUGCUUAUGGUUUCUCUUCUAUAAGGAUAUUGUAGUUUUCAUGCAUUAUUGCUUACUAUUUUUGUUAACUUCUGAUUUUUGUUUAUAGAGUUAUUUGAUUUUCCGUGCAAAGAGAGUUUCAAUUAUUUUUGUCACUGGAGUUAAUUUAAUGAAAUGGUUUUGCUCUUAAAUUUGAAUCAAUAUUUAAUAAGGACAAGAAUGAUCAGUUCUUGAUGUUUGCCUUAAAAGAUGGAAAUUUGAUCACAUUAGGGGUGCUUAGUCAAAUUAUCCCCUCAAUUUUGAAAAAGGUUGUACUUGUAUUAUAGAUUUUGGAGAUACGGCUAAAACCGUGUUAUUUGGUGGGAGAGUUGGAAAUAGUAUUUUUGACUAUUAUCAAAAAAAUUCCAUCUUUUUUCAUUCUUAAUGUAAGUUUCUUAUUGAGUUUAUGAUUGUUUUUUUUUUGUAAUUAGUACUUCAGUUAAAGGAAAUCUUUGAACAUAUCUCUGCUUCAUAUUAGUGUCUGGAAUCUGGACUUCUUGUGCCGUCAAAUUCAAAGUUUAUCGUUGUUAGAUUCAGAAGUUCUGGCACUGCUUGUUUUCUGCUGAAUGAAGAUACACAUUCGAUUCCUUCGAUCAAGUGGAAAGGCACUAAAUGUGUUUGUAGGCCACCUUUGUUCGAAGUGCACUAGACAAGAUGAUGGUGGCACUUCAAGAAGCCAGGGCACUGGUACCAUGUGUGUACAUGGGCUCUACACACCGUCCAGUAAAGAGGGUCAAUCUGCAACUGUAGCCAAAGUUGCUGAUGAUGAGGGAAACACAGAAGUGCCCAAUGUCCAGUUGAAAGAGAAAUCAGUUAUUGGCUUUGAUCCUCCUAGGAAGCCGAGUGCAAGACAUCGACUCAAAAUCUGGAUCAGUACUCGGCACAAUGGCAUAACUGGACGAUAUGGGAAUAAAUCGGCUGAACAUGCCAAUAUCGGAUGGCCAGAUUGGCUUGUGAAUGUGGCUCCCGAAGCAGUGCAAGGCUGGCAACCAUUGCAAGUAGAUUCAUUUGAGAAAUUAAGCAAGAUUGGACAAGGGACUUAUAGCAGUGUGUACAAAGCUCGGGAUCUUAGAACAGGAAAGGUUGUCGCGCUCAAGAAGGUGCGCUUUGUCAGCACGGAUCCUGAAAGUGUGCGCUUUAUGUCUAGGGAAAUAUCUGUUCUUCGGAAACUCAACCAUCCAAAUGUUAUAAAGUUGGAAGGGAUAGUAACAUCUUCUGUUUCACAAAACCUGUAUCUUGUAUUUGAAUACAUGGAACAUGACCUUGUUGGUCUAGCUGCAACUCCAGGCCUCAAGUUCACUGAGCCACAGGUCAAGUGCUUGUUCCAGCAGAUACUUAGUGGCCUAGAUCAUUGCCACAGCAAUGGAGUUCUUCAUCGUGACAUGAAGGGUUCCAACCUCCUGAUUGAUAGCAAUGGUGUUUUGAAGAUCGCCGACUUUGGCCUAGCAACAUUUUAUGAUCCUGGCACUCAGCAACCACUGACAAGCCGUGUUGCAACGUUGUGGUACAGGCCACCAGAGCUUCUGCUUGGUGCCACCAGGUACAGUGUUGGUGUGGAUAUGUGGAGUACAGGGUGCAUUUUUGCAGAAUUGCUAGCUGGCAAGCCAAUCAUGCCAGGCAGAACUGAGGUGGAGCAAAUUCACAAGAUUUUCAAGCUCUGUGGAUCACCCUCUGAGGAGUACUGGCAAAACUUGGAGGUGCCUCCAACAGGGGUGAUCAAGCCCCGCUGUCAGUAUAAGCGGUGCAUUGCUGAGAAUUUUAAAGAUUUGCCUCCCUCAGCUCUAGGUCUUAUAGAUAACCUGCUUGCAUUAGAACCAGAAACUCGUGGAACAGCUGCAUUGACUCUUCAGAGUGAUUUUUUCAGAACAGAGCCACUUGCUUGCAGCCCUUCAAGCUUGCCAAAAUGUCCACCAAGCAAGGAAUAUGAUGCUAGACUCCGACUAGAAGAAGCUAGGAGGGAAAGAAAGGCAGAAUCUGUUAGACCGGGAAUUGAGAAUACAAGGAAAAAUCGUUCUGCCUAUGGUCCCAUCAAUUCGAAGAGACUUGCACAUACCAAAACAAAGUUUAAGAAGGUAAAUCUCAACCCAGAGGAUGAUCCAAGCACAUUGGCUACUCAGGUGCAACCUCUAGGAUUUGACUCCACAUGGAACAACAAAGGGGGUAACAAUUAUACUGACAAUGGCGAAGUACCUGCACGCAAAUAUAGAUCUGCCCGGGUGGCAAAUUCCAUUGUUUCAAGGACAGAGGGCGGUCCAGAUAUGCUUCAACCUGAAUCGACUGAUAUGAGGAAUGGUAUGCCUGCUUCUCACAACAGAAGUACGGGAGCAAAGGUCCCAAUGGUGAAGUACAAGGGUAAGAAGAGCAAAAUCCACUACUCUGGUCUACUGAUUAAACCAGAUGGAAACUUAGAUGUUGUGCUCAGGGAACACGAGAGGAAUAUCCAAGAAGCGGUGCGCCAAACACGGCUCGACAAGAGCAGAGAGUUGUGAAACAGAUGAGAUCCCAACAUCUCCGAGUCCAGCUCAUGGAGGAAAAUCGCAAAUUCUUCUACGAAGCUUCUUCAGGCGAGCUAUUGCUCCUCUAACCUGAAAACGAAGCUGAAAAGAACAGAACCAUUUGGUGGUGCAGAUAUGUGGAAGGUGCUGGAUUCUACGGUUGUCACUCUUCAGUAUGAGAAAAAUGCAAGCCCUUAGUGAGAUUACGAGAAUAUGUGCUAUUCAUAUAUAUAUGUGUACUGCAUGGAUAUGGUGGAACUUAGGGGAUGGAAGUUUGUGAAAUGCAAGCUAAGGUGGGUGUUUGGACGGUUAUGCUCCUCAUGUUCCUGUCUUCACAAAGAUAUCUGAAGAACAAGAUCUUCAGGGAGCUGAAUUUAAUUAUUUGAACACGGAAAUCAUAAUUAUGCUGAACAAACAUGGUGCACAGAACAUCACAAUUUGUCAUGACAAAGAAAUGUAUCCCAGUGUACCACCAUGAUAACUCCUGUAUGCAUAGCAAGGCUCCUCAAACUUAUAAAGUGUGCACGAUGUCAUUAUAUACGGCAUUGAAGAAAAUGGCAACAACAUUAAUUUUCC